UCUCUUUAUCUCUUAUUUCUCUUUAAUCACAUGUCACCCGUUACUUCUCAUUUAUUUUAUAGUGGUGUAAAUAUAUAAGUAUAUCUGACCUAUGAACAUUACGAAAAUGAAUGUGCAAUUUCAUAUUCCUGUAUUUCCUUAUAUUUGACCCAGGCUGCUUUGCUAUCGUUUCUAGUUUUGAGAUUUUGGUAAGUAAAAAACAUAUUUCUACUUUUUUCUUGUCAAUUUUCACUUAAUAUGAUUAAUACAAGUAUGAUAAAUUAAAUUUAUAAGAAUUUUAGAUAUCUAAAAACCUGAAAAACCGGUAGAUUAACAAUUAACUAACAUAAACUCCAUUGACUAAGAGCUUCAUCAUAUAUGAAUAUAUAUUUAUAUAUGGGUUUGUAAGCAUCACAUACUGUUAAUGCAACUCACAAAAUGGAAAGCAAAGCAAGCAAAGGUGAGGUGCAUGUUAUAGUAUUUCCCUACCCAAUUCAAGGCCACAUUAAUCCUAUGCUCCAAUUCUCUAAGCAACUUGCUUCAAGAGGCCUUAAAGUUACAUUAGCUACCACUUCUACUUUCUCCUCUAAAUUCAAGAAGCUCAAAUCAAGCUCAAUCACCAUAGAAACCAUAUCCGAUGGUAGCAACGAAGUCGCGACACCAGAAAAUGUUGAUGCAUAUAUUGAGAAAUUUGAUGUUGUUGCACCAAGAAGCUUAAGUCAACUCAUUGAGCAGAAAAUUGGCUUUGAGCAUUGUGAUGUUAGAUGUCUUAUAUAUGAUUCAACUAUUCCUUGGGCUUUAGAUAUAGCUAAGAAAUUUAACAUCUAUGGUGCAUCAUUUUUUACGCAAUCUUGCCUAGUUAGCUUGAUAUAUUAUCAAGUUUAUCAUGGAAUCUUGAGUGUACCAAUACAAGGGCCCGGAAUUUGCGUGGCUGAGAUGCCAUUCAUUGAAGCUACGGACUUGCCGUCCUUUGUUCGUCAAGUGGGAGUGCAUCCUUCUCUAGAGAAGCUUGUGAUUGAUCAAUUCUCAAAUUAUGGAGAGGCUGAUUGGCGGUUUUUCAACACUUUUGAAGCCCUUGAGAGUAAGGCAGUAAAGUGGAUGACGAACCAAUGGCCGGUGAAAACAAUUGGACCAUGUAUUCCCUCAACGUACUUGGACAAGCGCUUACCAGAUGACAAAGACUAUGGCCUAAGUCUUUUUGAAGCCCAAACUGAUGCUUGCAUUCAAUGGCUUGAUGCAAGGGAACCUACCUCUGUGGUCUACAUAUCGAUGGGUAGUUUAGCUUCCUUAGGACGUGAACAAAUGGGAGAAAUUGCAAAAGGUUUACAGAAAAGCAACAAAUAUUUCUUAUGGGUUGUUAGAAGUUCAGAAGAGAAUAAGCUUCCAAUGAAUUUCAAAGAAAAUAUAUCAGAAAAAGGUCUAAUUGUCAAUUGGUGCCCUCAACUAGAGGUCUUGGCUCACUGCGCUGUAGGUUGCUUUGUGACUCAUUGUGGAUGGAACUCAACACUAGAGGCGAUCAGCUUAGGGGUUCCAAUGGUUGCAUUCCCUCAAUGGACUGACCAACCAACUAAUGCGAAAUGUAUUGUCGAUUUUGGAAAGAUUGGGGUUAGAGUAAAGGUAGAUAAGAGGGGUUUAUUAACUGCUGAUGAAAUAGAAUUCUGUAUUCAAGAGGUUAUGGAUGGAAAACAGACAAAAGAGAUCAAAAAUACUGCAACUAAGUGGAGGCAUAUCUCUAAACAAGCAACAGAAAAAGGCGGAAGCUCUGAUAGAAACAUUGAAGAAUUUGUUUCCAAAUUGUUAUAUUCUUAAGCAGUUUUGAGCUCCACGUAUUAUGAAAAAAAUAUUAUCGAGCAAUGCAUGAUUAGUUAUAUCGAAGCACGUCAUGUUUAAUCAGUUACAAGAUACUUUGUAUUAGUCGCGGACCUAAUUGGGGACA